AUGGACACAAGCUAUCAAGACGAAGCAAACGCUUCGCAACGACCAGACCGCCCAGACCCAGUUAGUUUUCGACUGCAAUAUUUCAUGAUUCAAAAAGAGUCAACACCAUUGAGAAUCAAUUUUUUGAUUUAGAAGAUGCAGAAAUAUUGAUAUCAGAUUUCAAAAAUAUAUUCAUUUUUCAAAACUGUCCUUCGCAGAGACUACAAGUUUCUCGAACUUCGCUUAUUCUUCGAUAAAAUUGAGAAAAGAUUCUUAACAUUAUUCGUCACAUCUAUCACAUAGCACUCGAGGGGAAUCGAACCUACUAAAAAAAGUCGAUCAUGAGACUGGCCCUCUAACCACUGCGCCAGCCCUUCUCGAUGAUAGAGGACGGUUCAGGCGUGUAGAAGGCUCUUCUUGUAUUUCUUUGAGGAGCUUCUUCUCAGAAGCCUAUGUGGUUUAGCAGAGAGUCUAUAUUGUUUCUAAGAGCUCUUACCUAGGUCUAUGAGCCACCCUCGUCCCCGAGCCCGAGUAGUUCCCCACGGCGUUCCCAAACGGGGUGGGGAGACGUCAAAAAAAUUUUGGCGCGAAAUUAGAAAUAUCAAGUACGCAGCCAAAUGUAUUCUUCAUGCCGUUCAAUACUCAGUUUAAUUUAAUACGCACUCACUUUUUUAUGUAAAUUCAGAAACUUUGACGCCUCGCUCACCUUACCUCACCCCAUUAGGAGUGCCGUGCCCUAGUGAGAUUGAAAGUGUACCUUACUUAUCCGUUUCAGUGAAAACUUCCUACUGAAAUAUCUGUUACAGUAGGUUUAAAACGUUAAUACAAACUUGCGAAAAAAAAAUUGAACAUUCGAAAAAUUGAAAAUUAUCGAUUGGGUCUUAUCGCCACGUUUUUGACGUUCCCAAAGCCCACGUAAAUUAAAGGCUCAUUUCUGUCGUUUGGCUGAAUUGCUUGGCUUGGCAUAGGCUAUCUUUCCAAUCCUCAAGCUCGAGAGGAAUCGAACCUACUCAAAAAAAAAAAAUGAAAACUAUGAGACUGGCCCUCUUACCACUGCGCCAGCCCACCUCGGUGAAAGAGGACGGCCCAGGCGCGUACAAGAAACUUGAAACAUUAUCUUAUUCUUCGAAAAUCAUCGAAUUGAAAAAUUCAACUGCAAACAAAAUUUUCUUUUACAGCCUCAACCGACUCAAUCCAUCCCGAUGUCGUACUACUCGGCGGACGCUGUAAGUUUCUUUGACUUCCUUCCAAUCUUUCCCAAAAAAAACUUACUCUGCAUUGGCAAAGUCGGGAAGGUUGGAUAAAGGCUCCAAGGAAAUUUUCCUUUUAGGUUGAUAUUUCCCAAUAUUUCUUGAGCCUUUAAAAUCCCAGAAAAAUGGAAGAUUCGAUAAAGAGAUCCUUUUUGCUGCUUUUUUGCGGCCUUUUUGCGGCCUUUUUGAGACCUUCUUUGAGCCUCCCACUUUGAGCAGUCAUUAUCGGCCAUUCCGAAGUUGCCCGAGUGAGGAGUUUCAAAACUUUUCAAGAAGACAAAUGGAAGUAAUUCGUGAAACUAUCUAAUAAUUUUGCCCAUACAGAAAUUUAUCACGACCUUUUGGAAAUUCCGUAUCCAAAGUAAUUUCUUCAAAGUUCAAAAUCCUUCCAUGACUUUUCAAAAUUUCAUUGUCCUUUUCCUUUCUUUGACGGCUUUUUUUUAAACUCGAAGAAUCACUUUGAACACGGGGUUAGUCUAAUUAGACUCUAAACACUUGAAGUUUGAAAUUGAAAGUAAAAGAAGUAUUAAGAGAAUCAUCGCAACUUCAGACCAUUCUAAACACGGUUGAGAUGAGUGACAAUAAAAAUAUUACCAAAUUCAUUUCACUGAUAUGUCCAUUACAUCUAAUAGAUCAAAUAGAUCAAGUAUGAGUAAAAAAAAUGAAUAUAGUCGGUUCGUCACGACUUGAAAAGUAAUGGGACUUUUCGGCACCCUCCUUAUCUCUCGACGUCUCUCUCAUGUUUACUUGCUAUUUCCAUGUUUCUCUGACCUCGCCGAUAAGGGAACAGAGAGACGCAGACACGCGAGAACUGUCAAGUCGUGGCGGAAGGACUAUAUUGGCGGAUAUUGAUUGAAUUUUUCCAAAUUGGCUAUUUUAUAGGUGACAGAGUUCCUCCGCCGAAAUGAACGUCUUAUGGGCCUUGAGAUACCAACUUACCAAGUCGCCGUGAGAAGAAACCGCAGUGGGGAAGCAGUAAGUUCUUUGACCCGCUCGAUUUUUUUUUGAACUUUUUUUAAAGAGCUUCCAAAGCCUUAAAAAUCUGGGUAAAAAAAGCUUUAAAAAAAGAGUAUUCUUUUAAUUUUUUUCUCCAGAAGAUUUUUUUGAAGAAACCCUAAUUAUUUUAAGUUUUUUUCGAAUGAUAGUGAUUUUUUUGAUUUACAAAAUUAACUUCAACCUACGUUAUGGAAACCUUCCACCUUUUUUUAGAAAUUUAUUCGACCCGAAAAAAAUUCCACACAUUUAGGACCAAAUGGUACCUUAUUGAGCUUCCAAGAACGAAACAAGCUAGAAAAAAAGUCGUUCAAAAACAUAGUUUGAAAAAAAUUAUUAUCGAUCUAAUCAGUUCUAACCUCAAUAACUAACGAACUGUAAAAAGUCCUGAACAAUUUAAACCGCAAAGGACGAUUUAAAAAGAAAAAUUUUUUUAGCGUCUCGAGCUGACCUUGGUACCCGCACGGAUGAGCCCAGAUGUUGGUUUUUUUAAAUUUUUUUAUCCCAUCUUUUUUUGAACUAGUAUGUUCAGUAUUAACUAUGCAUAGGACAAGUUGGAUUACAAUAAGAACGUAUCAAAAUGAAAUUGAGAGCAGGAUCGAAAAAAAAAAUUGAAUUGAAUGGGAAUUUCUCGGAGUUUUUUUAGGAAGAAGGAUUCUCCUUAUAAAAAAACUAACUGGAUCUUAUAUAUUAUUAAGAAAAUAGGUUUCUUUAUAGAUAUUUUUCCCACCUGCAACAAUCUGCGUCUAUUUUCCCAACAAGAAAACAGACUUGCAAAAAAAAGGGAAUUCCAAUACUCUAAGAAAAUUUUGAAGGCUUUUUUCGUAAAGAAAGUUGGAUCUAGUGCUCUCAAUUUGAUCGAUUUGUGAAUCCAAUGAAUAAAAAACUCCAGACUGACAAGAACUAUGUCGAUUUUGAUUUUUAAUCAGGAUUUUUCAGACUACAAUGGCUAUAGAAGGACGAAGAACCGAGACGCCCAGAGAGGAAUGGAAUGUUUACCCAGAAAGGAAUAGAAGCGAUGUGUCCCAGAACUUGGUCAGUUUUUUGACUCUCUUCCAAUACUUUUGAACUCAAAAUACUCUUGUUCUGGAUAAGAAAAUAAAUAAAAACCAAAAAUAAAGAAGUGAGCGCAAAUAUUUUCAAACGGUUUUUUCAUUUAAAAAAAAAAUCAUAUUUUCUGACCUUUCUCCAUUUUUGGGUAAAGGUCAGAUUCUAAAAAAAGUUCUGUGAAUUUCAAGCUCUCUGAUCGGUUAGGGGCGGAGUCUGAGCAAUGACUUGACGUUCAAAAUCUGUACAGGCUGUUUCAAAACCUCUGAUUUUUGAGCAUUAUGUUUGUCGCUGACUACUAGACUUGCAGAUCCUUUUCUAAUAAUAACGGAGAAAAUUUUCAACGUUUUUUUCCUAGACUUCUCGGAGAAUUUUGUCUUUUGAGUGUGGCAUGUUUUGCAUUGAACGAAAUCUCUACUAAAUCAGGACUUUCAAAUUUUGAUCGCAGUAUUUUAAGACCGAGGCCGUGAAUUUUAUUGACAACGACACGAAUCUGGACGUUGACGACGGAGAAGAAGAAGGAAAGGUGGAAGAAAUGGUCGCGAGUCCUGAAGGCAAUCCGGUCAGUUUUUUUUUCUUCUUCUUCUUUUUCAUUCAGAAAAAUAAGGACAAGCUUUUGAGUUAGAGAAAUCUCUUCUGAUUUUAUGGAACUUUGUAUCUUUGGGUUGAGCUCAUAAAAAAAAAUAUCGAAUGCAAGUUUCUCUAUGGACUUCAAAUACAGUCUUUGACGGUUUUGAAGAACUCAAAAACAUAACAAGGGAUUUCGGCAAUUGAAAAUAUAUUUUGAUAGAGACAGGGCUCCCGAGACUCGAGUGCUGACAAUAGUAGCCAUCUCGUUUUCUGUGCGAAACCCCAGUGAAACCAUUUAAAAACUCGAAUUUGCAGGCUAUCUCCCGUGCAGAAACAUGGAUCACGAUGAGGAAACGCAAGGCUGGCGAAAGCCGCUCAGCGCAACCGCCAAAGGUUAGUUCGAUAAAAAUUGAGACCUUGAAAACAAAAUAUAGCCUUAAUUUUUCGGGUUAGUUUUCCAUUUCUACAUACAAAAAAAAUGAGGAAGUUUCGAGACUCGAAGAAUCAAUAAGCGAUGAGAAAAACUCCUUUUUUCUGCGCGGACUUCCAGGGAAAUCUUUUAAAAUUUCGAAUUUAUAGGCUUCUUCUCACGCAGAAUCAUGGAUCACCAUGCGGAAGCACAAGGCUGGCGAAAGCCGCUCAGCGCAACCGCCAAAGGUUAGUUUGACAAAAAAAUGAUACUUUGAAAAUAAAAUAAAUUAUUCGCAAUGAUAGUACAUUUAUUCAUUGUUUUACAGAAUACGAUGGCUGACGAGGUACACAGAGCCGAGGCACGAAGGGACGAGGAGGACUUUUGCACAGUCCAACAUGAAGGCGAGCAGGCGCAGAGUGAUCCCGUUAGUUUUCUCGCCCUCUUCCAAUACUUUCGAACUCGAAAUACUCCUGUUCUCCGGGUUUUAGAUAAGAAAAUAAAAAAUCCACAAAAUCUAAAGUGAACAUGGAAAGAAAAAAAGGAUUUCAAACAGUCAUUUCAUCAAACGGAACUCAAGUUUCUGUCUUUUUGUCCAUAUUUGGAUGAAGGUCAGGCUCGGUCUGUUCAGAUUUGGAAUGUCAGACAGCAAGCUCCGCCCCCAACAGCGCUCUGUGGAUCGCAAGGUCUCUGACCGGUUAAGGGGCGGAAUCUGAGCGAUGACUUGACAUUCAAAAAUUGAACAGGCUUCAUAACCUCUGAUUUUAUGAGCAGGAUGUUUGUUGCGGACAACUAGACUUGCACAUCCUUUUCUAAUAGUAACGGAGAAAGUUUUCAACAUUGCUUUUUUUUCUGGACUUCUCAAAGAAUUUCGUCAUUUGGGUGUGGCAUAUUUUGCAUUAACAAAAUCUCUACUGAAUAAGGAGUUUCAUAUUUUUUUUAUCGCAGCAUUUUAAGGCCGAGGCCGUGAAUGGCGACUUAAAUGUGAAAGACGAGGACGUAGAAGAAGCAAGAAAGGUGGAAGAACAGGUCAAAAGUCCUGAAGCCAAUCCGGUCAGUUUCUUUCUCUUCUUCUUUCUCAUUCAGAAUAGCCAAACUAAGAAAAGCUUUUGACUCAGAGGAACCUCUCCUAUUUUUUCUGAAACUAAGUUUCCGAUUGCAACCUUUCUUUUUCCGAUUGCAACCUUUCCGAUUGCAACCUUUCCAUCUCGUUUUUCUGUGCAAAAUCCCAAUGAAACCAUUCAAAAAUUUUGAAUUUGCAGGCCGUCUCCAACCCAGGCUCGUGGAUAACCGCACGGAAGCGCAAGGCUGGCGACACACGCUCAGCUCAACCGCCAAAGGUUAGUUCGAUAAAAAUUGAGACUUUAAGAACAAAAUAUAGCCUUCACAUGAACCCUACAUUCAUGGGAACAAAAAUACACCAAACUAAACUUUUAAUGAAAAUUUUUGGAUCGGUUUAACAUUUGAAAACAUUUCAAAGAUGCGUAUGUUCUCGGAAAAGCUUAUUUUUUGAGCUCUCUAGAAUUCAUAAAAGCUGACUGAUUUUUCGAAAAGUUAACUUUUCUUUUCGUAUACGUCUUCCUUUUCAUACUUACGAAUUCCAGAGUGGUUCCUAUAGCAUAGAGAAGGAAAACUGAAACCCCUGGAAUCACUUUUGCUAGUGGCCCUUACUAUUAGAGGGGUUGGUAAAGUGGUCCCUAGAAAGUGAUUCCAGGGGUUUCAGUUUUUCCACUGGUCCAAUUGGUUUUAUGGUUGCCCCUCUAAGGAGCACUCUGGAGCUCCUGAGUAUGAGAUCAAAAACAAAUGAAAAGUAGUGACGAGAACAAUUGUAGUGAUGUUCCUUCGAAGAACGCCAAAAUAAGUGAUAUUAGAUUUUUUCGCUUCGAAAAUAAAUUGAUUACCAUAGAAAAAAGGGAAAUUCAGAGACAGUUCCCGGGACCGACGGAAUGCAAAGAAAGGGCCGAAGAGCUUGAACAAGUCGGCCAUGAGGAGGAGCCGUGGGUCGAGGAAGGAAGCCAAGAUGGAGAAGAAUUGCGCCGACCGGAGGAGGGAAACCUGAAUGUGGAUGGUUCCCCAGAAGAAGUAAGUCUUUUGACGUCUCUUCUAAAUGCCUUUCAGUUUCAGUGAAACUCAGCUUUUUUCUAAAAUUUACGGGGAUUAUAGGCCAGUUCGGAAAGGGUCGAAAAAGGCUCUAUGGAGAUUUUCCUUUUAGGGUGAUAAAGGUCCCUUAUUGGUGCCUCUUUGUGCCAAUUCAUCGGCUAUCAUGCACCAUUGUUGCUCCCUCUCGAUAAGACUCGAUAAAAGGACUCUUUUUGCUCCCAUUUUGCUGCCUUUCUCCUGCCUUUCUGCUACCUUUAUGCGGCCUGUUUGCUGCCUUUCUCCUGCCUUUCUGCUACCUUUAUGCGGCCUGUUUGCUGCAUUUUUCCGGCCUUUUGCCUUUUUUGAGCUUUCCCAUGUUAACGGCCAUUAUCCACCAUUCUGACUUUGCUCGAGAAGGAUAGAAACACUUGCAACUAAAUUAACGAAAAAAUGAGAAAAGAUAAAGUUUAGAACAAUCAUUUCGCUAGUAAUUAUUUUGAAGUUUGUUCUAAGAAGCUCAAGAUCUUAAGAAUCUUAAAAUGAAGCCUGUUUGACUUUAAAAAAAUUGAUUCAGCAGGUACUCGACGACCUCGAAGAAGUCCCGGCCGAAUUUGAAGAUUUCGACGAUUCGGAUGAAACGUCAUCUUCCCGGGUAAUUUUCUCGGCUAUGCUUUAUGAAUUUAUCAGUGGAUUCACUUGACUGUGGAAUACAAACUAUUUCUUUGAGCCACUCGUUAAGAUUCCUGUGGAACUUCCUGAGUCUUCAUUUUUGCCGUGUUUUCAAGCAUUCCUAUCAUAUUCUAUCCCUAGAUUCUACAUUCAACUUUAAAUAUAUCACUUUAACCUAUUCGGUGGGAACCUGGAAGCUUCGAAAACCUCCGAAAUUUUGAGGAAAUGGAAGUUUUUAAUAUCUGACUAGGGAAUGGUCUCAACUCAAAGUGACACUUAGACUUGGAAAAUUCGAAUCUCGAGUAAGCAGCAAAAAAAGACGUUAAUAACGUUGAAUACUCAGUGUAAUUUGUGACGUAGAAUGACCUAAUUUUAUCCGGAGGGCGCAAUUACCUUUUUGUAGAUUAACAAACUUCUCCCAUUAGGAAUGCCGUGUGAGAUGAUAAAAGCUGAGAAUUUUCGGCAAAAAAGGAAAAGCCUGAAAAACCAAAUUCAAAUCAAUGUAUUCCAAUUAGGGAGAACAAAAAGUGGUAGUAAAUACUCAUUUUUGAAGAUUUAUCAAAUUUUCUUAUGACUUUUCACUUUAUUAUGAAGUAACUGAAAAUGAAUAAAAUACAAGAAAGUCAUAUUUAAUUUCAAAAGGGUGGUCUUACCUAAGUUUUUUCUCUUUUUAUUCAUUAAAAAGGAAAUUUUUAAGGCGACGGACGAGCUCGUGGCGGAUAUCCGCCUCUUGUUCGAACUGGAGGCGGACGAGGAGUUCGACGUGGACGAAGACGAGGAAGACUCCGAGGUCGGUUUUUCGAAUCCUUUUUCUUUUGUCAUUUGGCUACCCUAAAAAAACGUUUCCUAGUUAGAAAGUUUCCUGCCGCUCUAAUCUGAAUAGUAUUUCCAAAAAAAUAUCAUUCAGGACGAGUCCGAGGACUCGUUCUUCCUCAGUGAGAGAAGGCUCCGCCGGUUCGCGGCUGCAGCGCUUGAGCGCGUGGCCCGAGAAGACGUCAAUGGUGACGAAGACGGCGUCGAAGCGGGAGAGGCCGUUCCCGUUGAGGUAACUCUCCUAGUUUCUCUUCCACUUGCUUUGCUAAAACCCAAAGUUUUUUUAACAUAUCCGAAGAACAACUAUGGAAGUAUAAGAAAAAGACUUUAUAGCCGAUUCCCGGCUAGCUUGGAGCGCUAAGGGGGCGUGGCCUGUCUGCGCUCUUUUCGUGACACGACCCUUUAUUCGAUGGCUCAAGCCAGCCUUGAAUCAGCUAUACUAAUGGUUGAAAAAAUUCACGCUAAGCUUGUUUCUUCAACAGGUCAUGCAAAUGAUUUAGGAGGAAAGAAAACUUUUUUUUCAACACUUUUUUGUUGAAUUUUAAGGUUUUAUUUUGAAUAUUUUGGCCUAUUCUCCUAUUUCAAGGAACCGGAAGCCGAAGAGGGCGAGGCAGAGGGCGAAGCCGUCGACGACGCCCAGCAAACGGUCCCGGUCGCUGUCGCAGCAGGACAGCCACCAAGUCCGGCACCUGCUGCUGCGGCUCCGGUGGCCCCGGCCCAAGCUGGACCAGCGCCGCCAGCCCAUCAGGCCGCUGCUCCGGCCGGAGGGCCCAUGCGCCGUCGCGGUCCUCGCCAGGUAAUUAUUUUCUUCACCUCUCUUGCGUUUUUCAAUUCGACUCGUUAUGAAUUAAGGUUUUCUAUUGGAUAAUCAGUGAGGAGCUGCAAAAUGAUACAAAGCUAAAAAGAAGUUAAUUUGAACGUUUUUGACUCAAUGAAACUUCCCAGACGUACUUCUGUAUCACUAAAAAAAAAUUUCGAAAGUUAUUAAAUCAUGAGAAUCUUCUCAAAAGCAGUUAUUGAAAAGGUUUCGCGCCUUCAAAAAAAAAAAAAGCAGCAACAAAAAAACAAUUUAAUUCCUCACCAUUUUUUUCAAGUAAACUGACUAGCGAACGUUUUUACCAACACCCCCGUUUAAACUUUUUUUCGAGCAUUUGAAAGGGGGUGAACAAUGUUCCCUAGUUAGUAAAAAGUCUCGUGAACAGCGCGUUUUUCAAAAAAGAUUUCUCAUUUUAAUGUGGCAAAAAGACUGUUUCAGCGCUUCCAGGGGGCUCCCCAGCGCGGCUCUCUCCGCCUCCGCAAGCUCCCCGUUCCCCCGAAAUCUCCGAAGCAGUUGCCGGACUUCCACCAGACUCCGGCAACGCUUCUGGAGGAACUCAGGGGCGAGCUUUGCAGGAGAGCCGCUGGGGGCAUGGACGCCCAGGAGCUCGAAUUGACCGAGCGCCUUGGAGCGGCCAUGACGACGCUCAGGAGCUGGGCCGCCGGGAAGCCGUUCACGCAGGCCCAACUGGAAAGGCUCCAAAGGAAGGUCGCCAGUGGCUUCUGAAGUUAGUUUGAACACGAUCUUCAAAUUUAUCUUAAUAGAUUUUGGGUUGAAAAUGAUGGAUCAUUGUCGCUUCAUGGAUUUGUCAAUAAGAGUCAUAGACGGGAGAGUACAGACCUUAGUUACGCCGGGAGGGAAGGAUGGCUUGAAAAAUUCUAGAGAAUUAGAAAUAUGAUCAAUCUUACAUCUCCGGGAGGUAUUUUCGGUCACAAUAAUACAAGUUUUAGCCUUAGGGGGGUGGUAUUACUUUUAUUUUGGGAAAACUUGGGAGGAAGAGUCGGUGACCUUUAGAAAUGGUCUGCCUGUAUGAUACAAUACUAACUUAAAAAUAUUCGUUUUUAGUCCAUUUCAGGAGGAAAGUUCAUUUAAAAUUCUCUUGAAGUUUGAAGUUCACACUUUCUUAUUGAAAAACAAACUGAAAGUUUUUCUAAAAACGAAAUUGGCUGGAAGGCACAGGAAAUUCUGCAAAUAUUCGAAUUGAUUCAUCUUGGAACAAAAAUAGUUGAAAGCUUUAUCCUGAAACUGAAGAGGUUAACAUUAAAUGCACUCAAGUUUAAAUGAUUCUAAUAGCGAUUUUUCGGAUCUUUAUUCCUUUGAAAAAAAAUUUGAUUUAUUUUUAGCUUGUAUAGAAAAACAAUGAACUUACAGCAAGAUUUAAAUUUUACCCCAUUUUUGACCCAAUAGAUUAGAUUUUUGUUUUGAAUUUUUUUUAAAAAAGAAUUUUUUAAGGGUCGCCCCCACCAAUGCCUACUCGUUGAAGUCCCGAAAAAGGGCCGUUUUGUAG